GUGCAACCGGGAAAAGCUGAUCGACAGGGAGCUCCAGAACUUCUGCAACGGAGCAAGUCUAAGCCUAAGUCGGCUUCCCCAGAACUCCAGCUACUGGGUCUCGAACCCCUGUCUUCCGGAGUCCUAGUGUCGCCGAACCCAAGGCCACCCCCUCCCCGAGAAUCAUGCGCAGCGCUCCGACUGUAAGUGCAGCCUUGGUGCUCUGCGCAGCUACUGCGGGGCUGCUGAGCGUGCAGGGCCGCCCUGCACAGCCCGAGCCGCCGCGCUUCGCGUCCUGGGACGAGAUGAACUUGCUGGCUCACGGGCUGCUGCAGCUCGGCCACGGGUUGCGCGAACACGUGGAGCGCACCCGUGGGCAGCUAGGAGCACUGGAACGCCGCAUGGCUGCGUGCGGUAAUGCUUGUCAGGGACCCCAGGGGAAAGACGCACUUUCCAAAGACCCUGAGAGCAGAGUCCCUGACAGCGAGGCGGCUCCUGAGACUCUGCAGAGUUUGCAGACACAGCUCAAGGCUCAGAACAGCAAGAUCCAGCAACUGUUCCAGAAGGUGGCCCAGCAGCAGAAACACCUAGCCAAGCAGAAUCUGAGAAUACAAAACCUUCAGAGCCAGAUUGGCCUCCUGGCCCCCACACACCUAGACAACGCAGUGGCCAAGACUUCAAGGGGAAAGAGGCUUCCCAAGAUGGUCAACCUCAUCGGCCUGACUCCCAAUGCCACCCACUUGCACAGACCUCCCCGGGACUGCCAGGAACUCUUCCAAGAAGGGGAGCGGCAUAGUGGACUUUUCCAGAUCCAGCCUCAGGGAUCCCUGCCGUUUUUGGUCAAUUGUGAGAUGACUUCAGAUGGAGGCUGGACAGUGGUUCAGAGACGCCUAAACGGCUCUGUGGACUUCAAUCAGCCCUGGGAAGCCUACAAGGAUGGCUUCGGAGAUCCCCAAGGUGAAUUCUGGCUGGGCCUGGAGAAGAUGCACAGCAUCACAGGGGACCGAGGCAGCCAGAUGGCUGUGCAGCUGCAGGACUGGGAUGGCAAUGCCAAAUUGCUCCAGUUUCCCAUCCACCUGGGGGGUGAGGAUACAGCUUACAGCUUGCAGCUCACAGAGCCCACAGCUAGUGAGCUGGGCGCCACCAACGUCUCCCCCAAUGGCCUUUCCUUACCCUUCUCUACCUGGGACCAAGACCAUGACCUCCGAGGGGACCUCAACUGUGCCAAGACCCUCUCUGGUGGCUGGUGGUUUGGCACCUGCAGCCACUCCAAUCUCAAUGGACAGUACUUCCACUCCAUCCCACAGCAACGGCAGCAGCGUAAAAAGGGAAUCUUCUGGAAAACAUGGAAGGGCCGCUACUACCCACUUCAGGCUACCACCCUACUGAUCCAGCCCAUGGAGGCUACAGCAGCCUCCUAGCCUCCUCAUUGGAGCCUGGUCCCAGGCCUAAGAAGACAGUGACUUUGGUUGUGGCCCUAAGAUAUGGCCACUCCCUGCUGGUGACAAGAGCUCCAAGUGGGGCUAUCUGGAGUCUCGUGGACAGAGAGGACGCCCAUGAUUGGAGAGACUGGAGGACCCCUUUUCCGUGUUGGGGGUCUGUAGGCAUUGUCUGUAACAGUCAGAGCAACCAAAAACAAAUGACCCAGACCCAAGAAGCAUGGGCUUGAGGGGCAUUGAGUCUCACUUCUUGCCUGCCAGAGAAGUUGAGGAUGCAGAGGGACCACUUGGGUCCAACUAGCUGGGCCCUUAGUGGCAGACUCAGUCAUAUUGACUGGCUGGGAGACAGGGUUCUCAGGAGCCCUGUGUACACUCAUGGUGCUGUUGUGGGUGCUGUAGAUGAAUGGGUGCCAACUGUGGUUACAAGGCACAGCUCACAGCAUUCUUGGAGUAAAUACAACCUCAGAACACUUUGUUCUCUGUUGUUUCAUUUGAUUUUUAAAAUUGAAUAGUUUCAAAGCUGGCAUAAACAUGUUCCUUGGGUGGAGACUGUAUUGCCAGAUCUCUUAAGGACAGGACUGGUUUAUUGUUUCUUCCACCUCUGGCAAGUGAUUUCAGCUUCAUUCUUUUAGUAUUUCAUGAUGUGGGUGUCGUUUUUAUUUCAAAAUCUCAAAACGGAGCCGAGGAGAUGGCUCAGUGAUUAAGAACACUUUUCUUGCAGAAGACUUGGCUUUGGUUCCCAGCACCCACAUGGCAGCUAAAAACUGUCUGUAACUCUAGUUCUAGAGAUUCAGUGCCUCUUCUGAUCUCCACAGGAUCCUGCACAUAUGUGAUAUACAUGCACACACUCAGGCACACACAUUAAAAAAAAAAUAUUUAAAAAAAAAUCAGAGCUGGGGAGAUGGCUUAGUGGGUCAAGACACUUGCUGCCUAAGCCUAAUGACCGAGUUGAAGCCCCCAAACUUAAAUAAAGGUGGAAGGACAGAAUGGACUCCACAAAGUUGUCCUUUGACCAUGUCAUGGCACGUGGGCUAGAACACAAAUGUCAUACCCACAAUAAUGCAGUUUUUUUAAUUUUUUAAAAUUAAAAAUCAUAAAACUUAUGUAGUUCAAUCAUUAAGGAAGCAGGUAAUAGAGAAAAUUAAGACCACUUUCUGAGAGCACCACAUGGGAUACACACAAAUCCCCAGCACCCAGGAAGUGGAGACAGGAGUAUUGCCAAGUUCUAAGUCAGGCUAAGCAAUACAAUAAAACUGUCACGAAAGGGGAGGAUGCUGAAGAUGUAGCUCAAUUGGUCAUACUUGACAUGCACAGGUCCUGGGUUCCAUCCCCAGCAUCUCUGUAUAAAUAGGGCAUAGUGGUAGGUAACCUCUAAUGCCAGUCUUUGGGAGGUGGAGGCAUGAGGAUUAGAACUUUGAGGUAACCUGGGUGUACUGGCUGUUUAUGUGUGCCAACUUGACACAAGCUAGAGUCAUCAGAGAGAAAGGAGCCUCAGCUGAGGAAAUGCCUCCAUGAGACCCAGCUGUAAGGCAUUUUCUCAAUUAACGAUCAAUGCACGAGGGUCCAGCCCAUGGUGGAUGGUGCCAUCCCUGGGCUGAUAGUUCUAGGUUCUAUAAGAAAGCAGGCUGAACAAGUCAAUGGAAGCAAGCUAGUAAGCAGCACCCCUCCAUGGCCUCUGCAUCAAUUCCUGCCUCCAGGAUCCUGUCCUGUUUGAGUUCCUGUCCUGACUUCCUUUAAGAAUGAAAAGCAAUAUGGAAGUGUAAGCCAAAUAAACCCUUCCCCCCCC